UAGGUCCUGUUUUGGUUCUGCAGUAUGUUGAAGUCCUAACGUGGCGCUGCCUGUUACUUUUCUAAACUCUGAAAUCUGAUCAAAUCAAACCCUGCUGCUGCUGCUGCUGCUGCGGAUGGAUAAACAAGACACGUUUUCUUACCCUCAGGACCGUCUGCCAGGUGCACAGCCUUGACAAGCCUCUAUACCCUUACAAUUGUCAACAUGAAGACCGAGAGGGAGGACAUGAUUUUCCAGGCUCUGCUCUUAAUCCACAUCCCUGUGGCCUGCCUCUUCACUGCAGUGUCAGCUCAGCCUGACAGCAGCAGCAGUGUGGUGGUGGCAGGGUAUAAUGUGAGCGCCCCCGCUGGCUCGAGGGUGGUGCUGCAGUGUGUGAGUGGCCGCAUGGUGUGGACGAGGGACCGGGUGAGGGACAGGCAGAGGGUGGUCCACUGGGACAUGUUCCGGGCCCAUCCAGACUAUGCCAUGGAGAGGGUCUUGGACAUGUUCUCUGCAGGGGACCAGAGGAUCUACAACUCCUACAACCAGGGCAGGGUUGGUCUCAGCCCCAGAGCCUUCAAAGAUGGAAACUUCUCCCUGAUCAUCAAAGAUGUGACAAUGAACGACAGAGGUCUGUACUCUUGUAACCUCCAUCAUCUCUACUGCAACUUGUACGAGACGGUCAGAGUACAGCUCAAUGUCACUAAAUCACGUCGCAAAGAGCAGCGCUUUUGGGAUGGACAAAAAGCCGUAUAUGUGGUGCUGCUUGGUAGUACCGUGGUGCUGCCGUGCGUCAACCGCCGUAAUGUGUGGACAGACUGGAGCAACGAGGAGGAGGACCAGCAGGUGGUCCACUGGGACCGCCAGUCCCCCGGAAUCCGCCACGACCGCGCUGAUCGGCUGGUGGACUUGUACGCCUCUGGGGAGCAGCGUAGCUACGGACCGCUGUUCCUCCAGAGGAAGAUGAACAUCAGCAAUCAGGCGUUCGCAGAGGGAGACUUUUCACUUUCCAUAUCUGAUCUGCAGCCCACAGACCAGGGGAUGUAUUCCUGCCACCUCCACCACCACUACUGUGGCCUACAUGAGAGGAGAGAGUUUCAGGUCACAGUGGAAGCUCCAGUGGUUCGGGCCACCCUGCCAGCCAAAGCACUUCCCAGUGAAGACAAAGACACCACUAAGGCUGAAUCACCGCGAGUCAUCAACGUUAUCCUGCCAGACCAGAGACUCCACUUUCUCCUGCCGCUUGGCUUCGUCCUCACCUCCUUCCUGCUGCUGGCAUUCAUUAUCCUAAUCAUCAUCCUCAUCACACGCAGACGGAGAACCAAAGAGUUUAAUCCGCAGGCAUCCGUGAGGUCCAGCAGAAGUCAGAGCAGCUCGGAGGAGUUUGACAUGGACAUUACUGAAAUGACUGUGUGCUGUCAGGAGGAGAGAAGACUUGACUACAAGAACAACCUGCUGAAAGAGAAGGUCCACAUGAACGCUCAGCCUAAGGUCAUUGACCUUGACGAAGAGAUGCAGAAGUUUUCUAAGUGAGAAAAAGACAAAUACUUGUGUCACUGGCUGGUCCAGAGGCUGCGCUCCAAACCAAACACCUCCACACUGCCUUCUGUCCUGGCAGGAGAGACGGCAACAGACAAACUGUUGUGAAACGCAGAAAACCAAAAAAAAAAAGAAAACAAUAGCUCACACUGAGGCCUUGUGUUUUUAAUUUGUCAGUAUUAAAAAACAAGCUGAUUUUGUUUUCUGUAAUUGUACUUGAUCAAGCUAAGCAGACAGGCCUUUGACCAUUUGCACAGGACAAUAGCGCCACCCAGAGGAGAGUCUGAACCGAGCAUCGACUGUUAAAUGGAGGAGCAAUGAGUGAAGUUGUGACUGAGUGAAUUUGAAUUAUCAGUUAUUACAGCUUUGAUUAUUAUUCCUCAAAUUAAAAAAAAAAAUCAAUAAAAAAAAUCAUUUUGUUCUUUGUUUUACUCACAUAUCCAUCUUGGCUUAACUGACCUGACUGAAGUGCUACUGUCAGGCUACGAUUACCUGUAUGCUAACUGAACAAUGAAGCAGUGUACGUCAAAAAAAAUUAUUUUCAAUGCUCAGACUAUAUAUUUUUUGUGGAUCGUUCCUUUUAACAUGUAUUAAAAUUUAAUGUUUGACACUAAA